GGAAGUAUGCCAUUUUCAGGACAUUGAGUUAGUUAUUGACGGUAACUGCUUGUAUAAUUUCCUGUAUCAAUACCUAGAUAUAGAUACCAUUGGAAAUUUUAGUGAAUACGCUGAGAAAGUAGAAAUGUUUUUCAGGUGGCUUUUCUACCGUCGAGUUACCCCUUAUGUUGUUUUCGAUGGAGCAUAUGAUAUUGAUGAUAAGAAAAUUGAAACAGUCAAAAGCAGGGCUCAACAACGUACUGACAGUCCAGUAGAGUGUACACCAAUUCUGGCCAAGAUAACGUUUAUUAAUAUUUUAGACAAACUUAGAAUCCAGUACAUAAAAUGUGAUUUUGAAGCUGAUAGAGACAUACAAAGGCUAGCCAAUGAUUUGAAAUGUCCUGUUUUAUCACGUGACAGUGACUUUUUCAUCUUUGAUGUACAUUUCGGUUAUAUACCUUUUGACUCACUGCCAUUAAGCUCAAUAUUUGGAGGCACUGAUGAUCAUCUAUUUGAGAUAAAAGUUUAUGUUAUUGAGAAUUUAUGGAAAAAAUUUCCAUACCUAAGAUAUAAUAUGGCGUUACUAGCAACUGCACUUGGUAACGAUUAUCUAAGCAAACACUCCAAUGUUUUACAAAAUGCUUAUCACAGUGAUAACUUUAGACUUCCCAGGUGCAAAACAGAAGUUUCAGAUUUAUUUGAAAUUCCUUGUGAAUCAGGCGAACCAUUUUUUAUAACUAUCAGAAAAGUUUUGUACUGGAUAUGUCGUUAUAAUGAUGCUGACAGAGGGAAAAGACAACUGCAAUACUUUUGCGACAGGGAUAAAAGAGAAGAAGAAAUGUUAAUCCGUUCCCUUAAAGUUUUUACAGAACCAGACAACUACACGAGCUACAAUCUUCAUGAUCUUCUACAAGAAAGAGAAUCUGGUGGCCUAGAUAGGUCCCUAACCCCAUCACAUGUACCCACGUGGAUUAUUGACAGUCAUAGAAGAGGUGCAGUUCCAGAUUUUGUAUUGAAUACUUUAAUCCACAAAAGAGUUUUUCUUUUAAGUCAGGUAGAAGGUACUCAUGAAUUGUCCUCUCACGAGUGCAGUCUGUCCAUUCGGAAGGUUAUAUACGCCUUAUUGCUAGGUACAGAGCAGAGUGUUACCGAACACGACCGAUAUAGAAUGAGUUUAUGUGAGUUCCAAAGAACCGGUGUUAUAUGUGUUACUGGUCUUCUUAGUGAUCCCUACAUACACAAUAUGUCAAGAGAACUGAAAAUUAAAAUACUAGUUGCAGCUUUAUGUUGUCCAAUGCCAUCUGAUUCGAUAUGUGGAACACUUUGUCAAACACGUUUAUUUCUAAUGAUAACGGCCUACUGGGCAAGAGUAGCUGAACCAGCUAUAAACAUUAACUUUCUAAAAUCCGUUUUGAUUUGCUAUCUUUUGUUUUCGACAUUCCAACGUAAUGAAUUUGCCGAGUUGAAAAUUGAUGUCCGAUACAAUGAUAGUUUAUACCAAAGAAAUUCACACACUGAUAGCAGAAAAGGAGCCAAUGGUAAAGGGGCGGAUGUUUUUCAUUCGGAACAUUUGUACAGUGCCGUUAGGCUUAAGGAUUUGUACUCCGCAGUAACACAGUUCGCUGGAAAAGAUAUUAAAACAAACCGGGAUUACAUACCAAAUAUUAUUUAUAUAUUUGCACAAUUUCAGUCAUGUAUUUUGUAUACAACAUAUCUGAACCAACUUUUGAACUGCCCCUUAGAAAAUGUAAAUCCUGCCUUCGUGUUUAAUGGUAAAUUCUUGCACGACAUGUAUUAUACACUCAAAGAAACCAAAACAGACAUUAUUGGACAAUAUUUAGCAUCUGAGAAGUAUCACUUUGAGUGCUUUAAUAACAUGUUACAAUUUGUACAGGAGAAUGUUUAUAUAGGCGACAAUGUAUGAGGCUUACACACUGUCUAAUGCUCCGGAAUGUGAUAAAGCAUGUGACGAUUUAGAACUUUGAAUAUUGUUAAAUGGUUGACACUCUGUACUUUUCAUGUUCAUGUUUUAUUAAGACUCGGUACGAAUUUGUAUCAAAGUUUUUAAAGCUACAAAAAAGUAGGUUGCUUAUUGUGUUA